UAUCAAGUCGGAAGGGCAGUGCAACCCACGCGUUUUAGAACAGGUGGGUUCCGAAGCCCAAACUUGUCGUCGAGUUUUACGGGGGAGAUUUCACCGCUGUAUAUGUCAGCCAAUCAACAGUUUACGGUGUCGAGGUCUAUCGUCGAAAACAGCAGCAAUUCAUUCUAGUGACCUUCCGCUACGAUUUGGACGCGUUGUCCGUAGAACUGGUGAACUUUCGCGUAACAUUGCAGGUCUUCUAGAAUUCAUCAUGAAAACGUUGCUGUCAGGGAAAUUAACCAAACUGCUAACUCCUUCCGUUAUCCGUUAUGGCUUGUUACUAUUGUUAACCGUCCAGAAUACGGCAACAGUUCUCUGCAUGCGAGCGUCGAUGAUCAACGCUUCAGCAACCAAUCAGAAAUACGUCGUAUCCACAUUAGUGCUAACAAUGGAAACAAUUAAAGUCGUGAUCCUCCUGGCUUUGAUUGUGAUCGUCGAAUCGAGCUGUUCCCUUCGCAAAGCCAUGACGCUGCUGUACGAUGAAAUAGUUUGCCGGCCGUACGAUACCCUCCCAUUGGCUGUCCCGAGUUUCCUGUACGUCGUCCAGGACAAUCUGAUUGUUUACGCCUUAUCGUGCGUCGACGCCACCACUUAUCAAGUCACCUACCAACUAAGAAUAUUGACGACCGCCAUAUUCGCUAGGAUGUUGCUCAACAAAAUCAUAACAGUAAAGAGAUGGCUGUCUCUCGUUUUGUUGAUGCUUGGCGUGAUUCUAACUCAGGUCCAUUUCAGUAAAGACAGUGGGAUUUUUAGUUUCCGAACUGGAAAAGAAGGUCCGGCUUACGUUUUGGGUCUCGUCUCUAUUUUGUGCGCAACGUUGACCAGCGGUUUCGCCGGUGUUUACAAUGAGAAGUUGAUCAAAAACGGACAACAACCUUUACUACUGAUCAGAAGUAUUCAGCUAAGUUUGUUUUGCCUUUUCUUCGCAUUUUUAGGUGUGCUAUUGAAGGACGGACGACUGGUCAGUACACAAGGCUAUUUUUACGGUUAUAGUCCGCUCGUUUGGUUGGUUGCAGCCAUGCAGGCUGUGGGUGGUAUAAUUGUGGCUGGAACGAUGAAGUAUGCCGACAACAUCUUGAAAACGUUCGCCACUUCGAUUUCAAUCGUGAUGUCGUGCAUUUUUUCCUAUUACCUACUGGGCGAUGACAAUUUAACGGCCACAUUCAUCGUUGGAACUGUAGCCAUUUUAUUCGCCACGUAUCUGUAUUCGGUGGCCACGGUUCAGACUGCGAAACCAGCUGAACCAAUAAAAUCAUAACAUCACU